AUCUGGGGUCUUGUAACGUACCUGCUUUCUCUCUUCCAAGCUUCCUCAUUGCUCUCUCUCUUUUUCUCUCCUUCCAGCAUAUGCUGAUCAGAAGCUAAAAGAAAAGAUCGAGGUAGCUGAAUUGUUGAUGACAAAAAUGUCACAGUUUCAAGAUCAGCCCAGUACUGAUCAUCAUCUUCAAGAACAAGAACAAGAACAAGAAGCACAAGGCAAUAUCCAUGAUCCAGAGCUGAUACAAGAAAAAGGAGGAGACAAUCACGUCGACGACCCGGUUCCUUCUCAGGAACCGGGGAGGCCAUCAUUAGGAGAAUUGAGUGCAGUGGACGAGGAAAACGAAGGCUUCAGAACCCCGACAUCCAUGGAACAUAAAAUCCCAGCCAUCACAGAAUGCCCACCUGCACCAAGAAAGCCAACAGCCACACGAGCAAUCCCAAUGAAGCGGAGGAUAUCGAAGGUCCCCAGAAGACUCCAAUUUGAAGAGUUUGAGGUGCUGAUUCCUCCUAAAAUUCUUGCUAGUUUGCUUUCAAGGCUCGUGAAACCUUCCAGGGACGAAAGAAAGUGAAUCUUCUUGAUCAUCUAUACUAUAUCCAGAAUGGUGAGGCUUCAAACCAUGAAGCCGGUAAUGGUGAUGCUAGCUAGCUGAAGCCUGGAGUACUGCAGAUUUGUUAUAAGUUAAUU